ACACUUACGAAGUGUUAUUUAGUCUUAGCGAAUUAUAGGUAUCAGGCAAAGAUCUAAGUAUUACAAAUUAGUCUAUUUCAACCAAAUAUUGGUGAAGAUACGCUCUUUUGAUAAAAAAAAAUGCUAUGGAGUGUUAAAUUGUGCUUAUAUUUCUCGUGUGGUUAUCGGUAUUUAACUUCCGGGAUAAAAUCACAGUCAAAACAUUCAAUUUGAAUUCAGAAAAGGAAGCAAUGAUUGAUAAAGGCAUGUAUAAGAAACCCCAUGGAACAAACAUCGGGUUAUAAAAGACGGAAUGAUUCUUAUCACGAUUUGGAUAUUCCUGAUUGCCAGAUAUUCUUGGGCCUUUGAAAAUUUAGCUUUGAAUAAACCUGCAUGGCAACAGACUAAUUGGCCUGAUAAGCCUGUAGCAUGGGGAGCAGCAAAAGCGGUAGAUGGGUUGUAUACUGACCGCUCAGCAGGAGGAAACCAAUGCUCAAUAGCAGGCGACGGAAGAGUAACUGCUGAGUGGAGAGUGGACCUUCAGGAAGUGGUCAGCAUCAGUCACAUCAACAUCUACUACAGGACGGAUAAUCUUCCUAGCCCAUCGCCUUACACUACUAGAUUUGCUGGUUUUUUCUUAUACGUUUCAAAUACAACGUCCAAGGACAGCGGCUAUCUUUGUUUCCAUGAAAUACAAACAGUAUCCGGUACACCAACAGAGAACCAGACAAUACGCUGUCCUGUACAUGGACGUUACGUCAUAUUCUACAACGAACGUAGACCGGAUGUGACGUAUCCCAGUUUCUAUUCUCAAUAUGUUUUCAAUGAAUUAUGUGAAGUUGAAGUUUAUGGAUGCCCUGUUCAGAGAUAUUAUGGAGAGAAUUGUGACGUGCCCUGUCCAGAAAAUUGUCAGGAACAAAGAUGUAACAUCUCUACAGGAGAAUGCCUGGGUUGUAUUCCGGGAUAUCAAGGUCCCAAGUGUAGUCAGGCGUGUAAUAUAGAAACAUAUGGACUGGAGUGUUCUUUUUUAUGUGGAAACUGUAGUGAUCCGGGAUCCUGUGACAAUACCAAUGGCACGUGUCUCAGUGGCUGUAAGGAAGGCGUGCAGGGGAACAAAUGUCAGACACAAUGCCAAGUAGGACGCUAUGGAGAAAAUUGCCUACAGAAUUGCAGUGGUAAUUGCUAUGUGUCAAGUCAUUGUAACAGGUUUAAUGGUGCAUGUGUAGGAGGAUGUAGUCAUGGUUGGAAAAAUCUCGACUGUAACGAAGAAUGUAACGAUGGAAAGUAUGGUUAUAACUGCAAUCAGAGUUGUGGACAUUGUCUUGAAGGAUCACAUUGUGACAAAGUUAACGGUGCAUGUUUAAAGGGGUGUUCUCCGGGAUUCAUGGGAAUUCUCUGUGACAAAGAAUGUCCUCCCGGAUACUUUGGUGUACACUGCCAGGGGAAUUGUAUGACCUACUGCAGAGGAAACAAAACAUGUGAUUCCAUUACCGGUGUAUGUUACAAUGGCUGUAUAGAGGGACUGUAUGGAGCUCUCUGUAAUGAAGAAGACUCCGCCAUAAAUCUUCCUAAAUGUAUCAGUGACAACACCAGUAUCAUUAUCAGCGCUGUUGUCUCGCUUGUAAUUGUUCUUACCGGAAGUGUGAUAAAUUUCAUACUAUGGAAGAGGAACCAGUCAAUUAGUGCAGUGAGAAGACAACGCAAGUCUAAAGGUGAUCAGAAAGCUAUUGACGAUACAGACAAAGCAAAAAGUGGACAACAGGAUAACUCCCCAUACACUGAACUAGGAGCACUAGACAAACCUUCCACUUAUGAAGAUCUUCACCAGUAUGCCGAGGCUGUUGACAGAUUAUGACAUCAAAAGACUUUAUCUUUUAUCGUGAACUGUGAUUUGAAAAUGUUUUCCACUUUCUUUUAAAGUAUUUAUAUAUGUGUUAUCAACAAGUAACCCGUAAGAGGUAUAUGUCUCCCUGUAAGAUGUUAAGAUCUUAUGUCGGCGUCCGUCUACCUGUUCGUUUGUGUGUCUGUAAGGUUUUUAAGAAAUAUAAAAUCGUGGAUAAUCCAUGACACUAUUCCAUCAUCAGCUUUGGUACAAUUUCAAUAAAACAUUAUUAGAUUCGACAUGAAAUGUUGCCAAGGUUUCAAAAAGAUUCAGAGAAAUUCUUUAAUAAGAUUUAUCCUCAAGCAAUUCUGGUCUGAUUUUAAUAAAACAUGGUUUAUUUGUAAACUACAUUGAGCUAUAAGAUUGUGUAAAAUGAUUUUUUUUAUUCCAAGUUGUGGAGUUGCCAUGGUAAAUAAAGGUAUCUGUGAAAGCAACCAUCAUUUAUAUAGUGUGCAGAAGAAUAUGUGUGAAUAUUAUAUAAAGACUAUAUCAAAUUCAAAAAUUAUCAUGUGUUUAUAAAAGGUACAUGUACAAAUGAACAUAUAUAUAUUAUAUAUGCUUAUAAAGA